UCUUGAGCUGCCAUACCUCGUAGUUUGUGACAUCAUGAAACUGACAAGCCUAGGGCAACGUUUCCACCAGCACGGCUAAAGUUACACGUUAGCACUCAAAUUCCAACCUCAUCCAGAGGUUUCCGGUAACCGGUUGAUUGCCAACAAGAAUCAAAAAGUUAGGCUGUCUAGACUGAGCCAGGUCAAGGAAAUCUGGGGGACUUCCUGAUUUGAGCUGGAAACACAGGCUAAAGUCUUUAGCAUGGCUUCCAGAACUCCAUGUCGGUGGGUAUCUUCCGACAGGGACAGGCCUUAUUUGGAAACUUGAAGAGUCUUGAGUCAGGACCAACCACAGAAGUUCAUCAUGCUGGAGGAUUGCGUUCUGUCGUGCUAAAUAUCGAGGUUAACGACUCAAACUCAAAAUGAGCCAAGAGGAACAAUGCGAAGGAACGGGCCUGAGGAAAGUAUAUGACAUACUCGUCAGUGUUCCACCGGAGCAAGUGCUGAGCCUGACAUUCUACCUCGGUGAUUCUCCUGAAGAUAAUAUCAUACACGCCUUGUGUCUGAUGAUUCUUCGUAAAGAGGAGAAAGCCUUGAACCAACUCCAGAUGCUGGGAGACAACUGUCUUGCUAAGCUCCUGUCUGAAAUAUGGCGUAGGAGUGGCUGUAAAUUAGAAAACUUUGCGGAGCAAUGUGGUCAAACUCUGGAUUUAACAGGAGAAUCUCUGGUGGCGUUGGCUCGUGUUUUUAAAAUUCUAUCGGAGCACCAACUGUGCGAUCAGCUUUUAAGGAAUUUGGCGUACAAGAGGGCCCUCUCCAGCAACAGUCUAAGAACAGACAGUCGUGAGGAUCUCUUAUACGAUCAACUCAAGGAGGAAGCUAAAGAUGUGUGUGGGCCUCAGCUCGCCGUGUGGCUGUGUUCCUCCGGGGACCUCAAAUCAGACUCUUACAAUCUUGCCCCUAACAGCCAGUUCGAAGGCGUUACGACACACGUUCAAAGUCUUCCCAGCUCGCUGCAGUCGAGCUGUUCUGAGCCAUCAUAUCCCUCACAUCUGGAGAUCAGCCUGCCUCCAACAAUCCCAUACGAGGGGGAUCAAGUAACCCCGGAAAACCCAGAACAAAAACCUAUUGACAGCCUAAAUGACUGUAAUCCUCCCGAGCAAUCUCACCUUUCAUCUGUGGAAUCUACUGAAGCUCCUGGACUGGAAAAGGCAAAGAUGGCUGCGGCAUCUGGAACAGAGCAUCAGGAUGGCGGCUUCAACGUGAAGCCACCUUGUGAACAAAGCACCACAUCAACCACGGGAUCAAAACCUUCUCUGCCGUUUCCACCAAACCACGUUCUACCCAAAAGAACAGUCUCACUCGGAGCACAUUUAAAUCAAUACGUAGAAGAAGAGGAUGAGGUUAUAUUUUAUUCAUUCGUCAUCCUGCAUGCGCCAGAAGAUGGUGAAGUGGCAGAGAGCAUGAAGGAAAAAGUGGAGAGCAUUGUCGGAACUAAGGGCGCAACUUUCUCGGAGGACUUUUCCAUACCUGGUAAAAGCACCCUAAGGUGCAUCGAGGAUGCUAUCAACAACUCCGCUUUUACCAUUCUGCUGCUCACCCAGAACUUCAACACACGUAUGUUGGAGGUGAAGACAAACUCGGCCCUCAUCAAUUCCAUUACCAACCAACACAAGAACAACACUGUCAUACCUUUUCUGCCAAAGGACAACUGCAUGCCCAGACACCGCAUACCCAUAGUGCUGCAGACCCUUGUUCCACUCGAGGAGAACAAAAGCUUUGAGAGCAAAAUAAAAAAGGUUCUAUCGCCAGCAAAAAUUCAUCGGCAGAGAAGCAUUUGGUCGAAUGAGCAGAGAAAACAUCAAAGGCAGCUGGCCCAAGGGUGUGAAGCAGCACAUAUGCUGGAAAAUCUCAACUUCCAGGGCUCCAGUGAGGCUUCGCUUUUGCAGAAACGUCCAAACAUCCGUAUUGAAAAUGCUAGCUAUGUUAUGAUCGGCGAUAAUUGUCACAUGACUGUGGAUCAUUGUGAUCUAGAAGAUCCAAUUGUCAGAGAAAAAAGGAAAUAAAUAGGCUAUGGCAUAAUCGGGAUUAAAAAUGUAUAAAGAUUGUCUGGUUUUAAACACUAAAUGAUUUUAAAAUCUCCUAGGAAUUAAUAUCAUCCCGUCAAUCAUUGCGUUUCUAUCUUUUUUUUAUAUGUAAAAAAAAAAAAAUCAAUAAAACUGUCUGGGAAUUGGA